AUGUUCAUCAACCGCACGCUCACAGAGGAGCAGACGGUUAUUCGGCGACACUUUACAGACUUCUUUGAGAGUGAGCGCUAUGAAGAGAAGUACCAUGAUCGCAUUCAGGCGAUGAUCGUGGCUGGAAAGGCGCGGUUGCUGCUAGAUAUUGGUGACUUGCUCGACUACGUCCCGAUCAGCGCCGGCGGAGAUGGUGGCGACGGCAUGGGCAAUGGUGGGGCCGGCAGCGAGCUGGGAUUCUCGCUGGGAGCCAACAUCAUUCGCCAGCCGGGCAAGUACAUUCCUCUUUUGGAGUUGGCGCUUCACGACGUCGUGCUUCGGCAGCAACCUGAGUACCUCAAAGUUGACUACCGCUCUCGCGUGGUGCACACCGGGUUUGAGGGCCCUGUUGGCCGCGUUCUGUCGCCGCGCGAGCUCUACGCACGCCAUCUGAACACCAUGGUCGCGCUCGAGGGCAUCGUGACGCGGCAGUCGACGAACCGGCCGCGCGUGUUAGAGACGGUGCACUACUGCUUCGAGACAAACAAAUUCACGAAGAAGGAGUUCCGUGAUCAGCUGACGCCGAUGAUUGACAGCUCACAUCUGCCCACGGUGAACGUGAUGCCCAAGACGGACAUUGAGGGUCACACCCUGCGGACGGAACUUGGUUUGUCUACCUUCAUGGACUCGCAAUGUGCAGUGCUGCAGGAGGCACCGGAGCGUGCACCUACCGGGCAGCUGCCCCGGAACGUCGAAGUGCGCUUUGAUGAUGACCUCGUCGACGCCGUGAAGCCGGGCGAUCGCGUAUUGCUUGUGGGUGUGUACAUGCCAUACACAACGUCCGACAGUAAGAGCUUUCAGUCCAUCGUGCUGGUGAACCAUGUCGUGUCAACGCAGGCCUUCACCUUCCUCUACCGCCCCAUCGCCUCUGUGGAGGAUCGACUCACUCGAUUUGCUCAAAAGUGUUUUGAACAGCUCGGCCCCAGCGGGGUGCUGGAGACGCUGUCCAGGGCAGUCGCCCCUACUAUAUACGGCAUGACGGCCGCGAAGCAGGCGAUCUUGCUGAUGAUGGCCGGUGGUGUGGAGCGCAAGUCGCACAACUCGCACGUGCGUGGCGACAUCAACAUCCUCCUCGUUGGUGAGCCAUCAACGGCCAAGUCACAGCUCCUGCGCUUUGUCCUUGGCAUCGCACCGCUCGCCCUCAGUACGACGGGCAAGGGGUCCUCUGGUGUCGGGCUGACGGCGGCCGUGGCGACGGACAGCUACACAGGCGAGCGGUCGCUGAGCGCUGGGGCAAUGGUGCUGGCGGAUCGCGGAAUUCUCUGCAUCGACGAGUUCGACAAGAUGGGCUCGCAGGACCGGGUAGCUAUGCAUGAAGCGAUGGAGCAGCAGACUGUCACUAUCGCCAAGGCUGGUAUUCAUGCAUCGCUGAAUGCUCGGUGCAGCGUGCUGGCGGCGGCGAACCCGAUUUACGGGUUUUACAGUGUUCAGCACCGCUUGGCAUUUAACGUCGGGCUGCCCGAGUCGCUGCUCUCACGCUUCGACUUGACUUUCAUCAUUCUAGAUCAGCACACCUCGGACUACAACCGUCGCAUUGGCUACCACAUCCUACGCAACCACAUGACGGCGGAGGCCGUUCGGUACGACGAGGUCGAGUCACGGACGGUGGUUGACAGCAUCGAGACCGGUGAUGGCCGUGGCGAUAGCGAAGCCGAACGCGGCAGCGGUGAUGGGCGUCGGGGCGGUCGAGCCGUGGGCGGCGAGGAUGGUAGUAGCGGCGAAAGCCGCCUUGACUUGCGCAUGACGACGAACAGCACCGGUGAGUCCGUUGUCAGCAGCGACUUUUUGCGAGCGUUUUUGCAGUUGGCGAAGCGGGGGUCGCCUCUUCUCACCGAGGCCUCGCGCGAUCUCGUGUGCCAGCACUACGUGCAGCUCCGCGCGGAGCAGCAGGACGGCGGGCGUGACGGAUUUUUCAUAACCCCACGUACGCUUGACGCGAUUGUGCGUUUGUCCACGGCUCACGCCAAGCUGCGCCUCUCACCAACGGUGGAGGAGCCGGACGUUAUGGCAGCGAUAACGCUCCUGCGGUCCUCCGUGAACGCAGCGACAACGGCAACACAGCAGCGCAACGAUGACAAUCAACAUUCGCUUUCAGAGGUGGCUGCGGGGGCUGCUGGACCGUUACAGACUCCAGGUCAGAAGCGCCCAGCCGCCGCCGUGGAAGUAGUGACGGCGCAGGACGGAGCGGUCAAGUCCUACGCCCACCUUGGCAGCGGCACUAGGGAGUACGCUGACGACAAGGCAUCCGGUAUCGACUCAUAUCAACGACUGCGCACAGAAGGCGCCAGAGGAGAUGACAGCGGCGGCGGUAGCGGCGAAGCGGGGGCUAUUCUCUUGGAGGUACCACCUGCAGUCACUACCGGCGCCGCUGCAGCAAUCGAUGUCCACCUCAAUCGGCGUGUAAUCGAGGUCCUGAGGCAGCUGCAGCGCGAGCAGCGAGAUGGUGCGUCGCUGGAUGAACUUCAUGAACGCCUCGGUAUGCACACGAUCUCGGCAGAGUCGCUGAAGCGCUCUGUGAUGCAGCUGCAAGGGGAUGCCUUCAUUUUUGAGAGUACCGAGGACGGUGGCAACAACACGAUCCAGUUCAUCUAA